AUGGCGUCUUCGAUACUCAGAAGCCCUAAUCUCAAUUCACCAUCAUUUGGUGUACCUUCUAUUCCCGCCUUAUCCUACUCUCACUCACCAUUUUCAUCUCUUCAUUUCCGAUCGUUCCACCACCACCGCUCCGUCUCCAUUAGCGCCGCCGGAAAGCUCCGUGUCUCGUGCUCUCUCUCCGAUUCUUCUCCUUUUCCCACUCAUUCCCCUCGAGCUUGGGUUGUGAAGAUGUUGAAUUCAGUCCUGAAGAUGCCGGAAGGUAUCAGAUUCUCUUCUUCCGUUAAGCAUCCUGUUGUUGGACUCGAACUUGAGCAUACUUUCACGCAGAGACAGCUUUCUGAAGGAACUCCGGUCAACAGCAAUCACACCUUUGCAGCCACCGUAUCGAAUCUGAAACGCUGA